UGCGCAAACAGAAUUUGAUACAAUCGAUAUUUCGAUCAGUCUAUUUAAUUUCGUUUGCUGUUCAUUUCGAGAUCGUUUUAUCUCCAAAAAAAUUAAUAUUUUAUUCCUGUAUAAAAUUAUAAUCGUUAGUGGUUUUCAACAUUUUAUUUCCCAUUGACGUUUGCGCAUGAUUCCAAUAAGCAUGGAUUCCUCGGGUGGUGUACGUCUUCGUCUACCUCUGAUGUUCCGUCAGUAUCAACCAAUCAACGACUCUAAGAAACAAUAAAAUAGAUCUAUAUCCUAUUGUUAUAUAUUGUUAAGUAUUAUUUAAUAUUCGAGAAAAUGUCUCAAGCUUAUAUUCACGCGUGCGAAAGGGCUGAAUUACUAGGAUUACCGAUACCGAGCGAGGAAGAAUGGAAAGAGACACGAGAGGCUGAAGAUAAUGCCAAUGACGACGACGAUGAAGUGAUUCAGAAUUUGGCUACCUCGGACGAAGCCGCACAACGGAUUAGCGGCGGCUUAGACGAAUUUAAUAGUAUUCUCAAUGCAACGCAGAAAAAGAUUAACAGAUUCAAGACUGUUUGUGGUAGUUUAGGUACUUUACUGAAAGUAAAAGUAGGAUCUAGAAACAAUGCAUUGGACGAUAAAAACAUUGAACAGAACCACAAUGAAACGACGCAUAUUCACGAUGAAACAGCUGCCGACAAAGAGGAAUUGAUAGCAGAAUUAUCGGAGGAGGAGAAAAUUCUGGAUAAUACAAAACCUAAUCCAUCGACGCCAAAAAAGCUAGACAUCAAUGAAAAAAUGGGUUCCCAUUUGAAUAAAUUAGAUUCGCUUAUUACAAAAGCUGAAAAUGUUCAAUACACUAUGCAACAUCAAACAAAGCAAAUGAAACAAAUUCUAAAAUAAUCAUGGAUCUACGCAAAAGUAGUAUCUUGUUCUAGUAUUAUUAGACUAUUCGAAGUUAAGAUGCUACUUUUUAUUUGUUGCUAACAGCGUAAUUAAAGCUUGCUUAAUGUUAUAAAGAAUGCGAUUUUGAUUACUGCGAAAACCUGUAUGCUGCUAGUCAAAAAUUUAGUAUACAGGAUAUGAAAUACAACGACCUUUUUUAAAGAGAACAAAUAGUUUUGUUCAAUUGCUUGUUGUACUUUAAUUUCAUGUCGAUGUGUUAUGCGUAUAAUAUAUAAAUUUUCAAAGAAAAGCAUAAUCGCUUCUUUUGAAAAGUUUAUACAUAAUCGAGAAACUCAAUGAAAAUAAAUGUUUCUUUGUACUACCGUUAUCAUUAAUUAGAUUUUGCCUAUUUAUUAUUAACAUUCGGUACAAACUGUUCUUCCUAACGUAUUAGUUAGUCUGUAUCUAUGCGAUAUAAUGAAACUACAUGUCAUAAUAGAAUCUAUUGUGUCUAAUAUGCAAGACACUAUAAUUAUUUUAUUAUAGAUACGAAUCCUCAGUAAUAAGUUUGAAUAUUUUCAAAAACCACGUGUAUUUCUUUCUAUGAAAGAACGAUUAAAACGAUCGGGAUAAAACCAUUGUAUAAACUAGA